AUGGCACACAUGCACGCUCCGCGCCACCGUCCCGAGCCCCUUUCCCUCGGUCCUCAGUCGUCCCAACACACCUCGAACCCGGCGCACCGCGCCCAGCUCCUCGCCUCGCUUCGUUCGGCACCUCUUCCCCAAAAUCAGCAGCAGUAUGGUCAGGCAGGCUCGUACGGCGGUCAUGCGAGCCAGGCGCGCGGGUACCAGAACCCGCAGGCAGCCCAUGCCCUCGUCGACUUCCAGCACGCCCAGUCUGCCUACAUGAAUGAGCUCCAGGCGACGAUCCAGCACCAGAUCAUUGUUCAGCAGCAGAUGGAGCGAGAGGCUACGUACCGCUUGCUCGCCGCUCAGCAGCAGCAGCCUCAGCCGUUCACGUACCCUGCUCAGGCGCCGUAUUCGGCUGGACCUCGUGCGGGCUCGCAGUACGCCUACCAGCAGCAGCAACAGCAGCAGCAGGCGCACGCCCAGUAUGCGACGGCGCCGCACCUCGUCCAGGCGCAGGCGCAGGCGCAGAACCCGCUAGUUGCGUCGGCUCUCGCGCGCAGGCAGCGCCAGGAGCAGCAGCGCCGCGUCUCGGGCCAAGAGCACCAGCCUCGCGAGCACCGCUCGACGCCGCCUGUUUCGAACCGCUCGACCCCGACGCCGCCCGCCGUCAUCUUGUCUGCGCCGGGCGAGCCGUACCCCGACACCUCGUCUGGGUCGGAGAGCGGCGAGACGAGGCCGUCGACGCCGUAUGGACAGUCGCAGGCGAGGGGCGCGAAGCAGAAUGGAGGACGCUCCAACCAGCAGCAGCAACAGUCGCAGGGCAAGCAGGCUUCGAAGGAGGCCAAGGCGUCUCGGCGUCGUUCGCACCUCGACACGCUCACCAAUACGCUCUCAUCGGCUACGGAGCGCCGUCUCCGUCCCGCCCACUCGGCCGACCAGUCGCUCAAUGCCGGCCCUCGUCACCCUUCCCCUCGGAACUCGAACCGCUCCGUCAGCGAUUCGGCCACCUCUUCCCCCUCGCGCGCUGCAGCUGCCGCCGCAUCGAACGCAGCGCAGCUCUCGCCUCGCGCACCCGCCUUCGCGCCUUCCCCGCCGUCUCCUCCGACCGCCUACUUCUCCAACACCCGCGCCGUUCCGCCUCCCGUUCCCGGCACCGCGACUGCGACUCGCCAGCCUCGCGGUCCGCCCACCGACUUCGAGGCGACAAAUUUUUCGGCGCGCAUCAGGGCAAAGGCGAUUGUGAGUUUGAAGGCGAGGAGCGGGAGGUCGGCUGCGCAGAAUGAGCAUGGACAGCAGGCGUCGCUGGCCGCGCCGGCUGUCCUCGCUGUGUGA